AUGGUGCUGAAGAAGCUACUGGGAACGGCGCAGGAUAUAUGGCGUAUGCGUCGCAUGCCCGCACAAGUGCGCGCAAAGGAUACGCGGCUGGCAUUUACUGACAUCAUCGGCGACGAGAGUCAAAAAGGUAGAUGGCUACGUACUGGUCCUAUUCUGGAACUGAUGGACGUGCUGGCCGGCACGAUCUCAGCUCGAGUAUCGUUGGGUGCUGUUGCCACCAUCUCGUUCGACCGAGUGGAUUUAGUAAAACCAGUAUUCCAUGGAGACUUGGUGCGUGUGGAAGGGGAGGUGAUUGGCCUAAGUAACUCGUCAAUGGCGGUGCAAGUAAGCGGCUAUCGUCACGACAUCCCCAGUGGGACGUUUCAGCACACGCACGACGCUCUGAUUACGAUGGUGGCCAUCAAUCGCUUUGGACGGCCGAAGAAGGGACUCCCGCAACUUUUUGAUGCCGACCAGGCGGAAUAUUGUUUUAAGAUGAAGGAGGUAGCUAACCAGAGAAAAGAAUUGGCCAAGAGGUGGAAGCACGAGCAAGAUGCAGUGGACACUAUUCCUUUUAUUAAGAAUAGUGACUUGUUGCCGGGCGAAACCAAGGAGAAGUACGUUUCUGUGAGCGAUACGGAGAUCGAAGUGCGCAACUGGUUCUUACCGCGCAAUCUUAAUAUCAACAAGACGGUUUUCGGUGGUGACCUGCUCGCUUGGAUGGACCGUGCUGCGUUAUACAGUGCACAUAACUUCACAAAGUCGGAGAAAAUGGUGACUAUUGCAAUGAAUCGCGUGCUUUUUAAACUCCCAAUCUCUGUCUCAGAUGUCGUCACGGCACGCGCCCGCGUUGUCAAUGUUCGUCGCUAUCGCUUGGAGGUUGAGGUUGAGGUAUUUGUUAAUUCCGUUGUAGGCGGCGGUGAGCGCAAGUCUCACAGCGGCUACUUUACGGUUUUGAAUUUGAAUGAAAACAACGCGUUCAAGUUGAUCGAGAAGGGCCUGAAAAUCGAUCAGAACAACCAAUGCGAGAUGCGAAUGCUUUUGAAGGCACAAAAGCGUCUGGAAUUUGCCGAAGAAGACAAGAAUCUGCAUGUAUUGAAGACGUUGAAGCCCCGCCUGUGA